GUUUGAAGCAGGCCCCCCACGUCUGAACCACGUGUCUGGGGCCAUAUAAUAGAGGCGUGGAGAGGAACACAACACAAUCGGGUCGGGAUCACCUUACGGACCAGUCGCUCUCUCAGUGUGCUCACUCACCAUCAUGCAGAAGAGCGAGGGAAUGCAGGGUGGUCGUGGUGGAAGUGUGGUGAUGGGCAAGGAGCAGCGUCUCCAGUCCUACCAGCGAGCGGUGUUUGGGGCGCUGUUCUUAGGCUACGCCUGCUACACCUACAAUCGCAAGAGUGUGUCCUACGCCAUCCCCACACUCCUCGCCUCCGGGCUCAUCACCACAAGUACCAUUGGAAUCAUUAACAGCUGCCAAAACACCGCCUAUGCGAUCAGCAAAUUCCUGGGUGGCAUUUUGUCUGACAAAAUGAGCGCCCGCGUCUUGUUUUCCAUAGGGCUGGCGGUGAGCGGAGCGUGCACCCUGAUCUUCUCCAGGACUGAGAAUGCAGUGAUCUGGGCGCUGCUCUGGUUCCUCAACGGGUUUGCUCAGGGCGCCGGCUGGCCUGCCUGUGCUAAGCUCCUCAAGAAGUGGUUCAGCCCCGCCAACUUCGGCACGUGGUGGAGCGUGUUGACGGCCAGCAGUAACGUGUCGGGAAGCCUCUCCCCGCUCCUGGCAGCCUAUGUCAUCAUCAACCACGGCUGGAGCGCCUCACUCAUUAUCUCUGGUCUACUGUCUGUGGUGAUGGCCGGAGUGACCCUUGUGACUCUGGUUGACGAGCCCGCCCUCGCUCACCUCCCAGACCCCACCACCAGCCACACCCCAACAUCCAGCAAGAGUGAGUGUAGCGAGAAGAUGACGGCGAGGCAGCUGGCGGCGUCGCCUUUCCUGUGGCUGGUGUCGGUGUGUUACCUCAUCGUCUUCUGCUCCAAGACGGCCCUCGCAGACUGGGGACAGGUCUUCCUCAUGGAGGAGCUCGGCCGAUCACAGAUGCAAGCGAGUUCCUUCACCAGUGCUCUGGAGACUGGCGGGUUCUUUGGCGGCAUCCUGGCGGGCGUCCUCACGGACAAGAUGGCUUCCACGGUGAGCAUGAGAGGUAACGCUCGUCUGAUGGUUGCUGCCAGCUUCAUGGUGGCCUGUGCUGCCGGGCUACACUUCUUGAGGGUCUUCCUCACGCCUCACACCUCACAGAUGGUGGUGUCUGGCGUGGGCGUGGUGUUGGGCGCCAGCAUGUUUGGCCCCAUCUCCAUCUACGGCAUCGUGGCCUCCGAGACCUUCCCCGCCCAUCUCUCCGGCACCGCCCACGCCGUCGUCGCCCUCGCGGCAAAUGUUGGUGCCGUGGCAGCCGGGUGGCCGCUGAGCUGGGUGGCCAGGACGUGGUCGUGGGGCGCCGUCCUCCUGCUCCUCGAGACCAUGGCGGCUUCCUCCGUCCUCCUCAUACUCUCCACCUCCGCCAUACACCUUCGACCCAAGCCCAAGAUGUCUUAAACCACUCAACUUGUUCUUCUUUGCUUUUCAAAUUAUAGUUUUCUUUCGUAACUGAAUGUGAGAGGAUUCAUCUAUCUGCCACAGUCUGUGCAGUUUUGCCGCCACUUGUAAAUGUCAUCUUUACUUCGAACAAACUGUCUAGUCAGUUAGAUGUGCUCUCAUGUCCUAUUAACAGAAAGAUUAACAAAGAUAGUGUAUUGACAUUCUAGAAUCCUGGCCUAUGAUUGGCCAGCUUUCACAAGCAUGAUCUGAGUCCUGCACUACGACUGUCUGAACCACUUGAGCACACACAAUAUGCAUAUUUUUCAUAAAAUGUGGUAAUAGAAUAUAUUACUAUGAUGCUCUCCCUUGGAGAACUUUUGUGACCUGCUUAUAUAUGAUAUAGGUUAUGAAAACCAUAUUUAAAUUCUCAACAUUUUUAAGAAUUGAUUUUUAAUUUUUUUUAAGCUGCCUCGUGGAAUAUAUUAUAGACUCCCCAAGUCUUAAUAAUGAUUCCCUUUAUACAGUGCACUUUGAUGUGUGGGAAUACUUAUUUUAUUACAACUGCAGCUGACGUUUGACUCGUGACUGUCACUCGUAGUGUCGGGGCAUUGCUCGCAAAAACCGUAAACAUACCUGAUAUAGUCUACAUGCACACACUUUAGUAUGUCUACUUUGUAUAUAUAUACAUGAAGGUAUGCAGAUGUGAUAAAGUGUAUACAAAACUUAUAGGUUAUAGAAUUAAGAUAUUUAUUGUCAUACAUCUUGGUGGAUUGUAUUAAGUUUUGCCAGUGUGGUUGAAAGACUAAUGUUAAUCUCAUUAUUUUAGUGCAAGUUGUGCCCCCAGAAGGCGUCUUACAUGUAAAUAUCGAGAUUGAUAAAAAUUAUUAUCCUGUAUAAUUAAACGAAUACAAAAAAUAUAUUGUACAAUUAAUGUACAUUAAAAUAUUAACAUUUGCAA